UUAUAUUAAAUCAAAAACUACUACCACCUUUUUCUUCUUUUCAUUCACUCUCCCCUCCCCUUUUUUUUUAUAUACUCUCCUUUCUUCACAACAGCCAGUUCACUCUCCUUUUUUGUUUUAUUCUCGAAAAAAAAAAUAUAACUUAUUAUCCCUUUACAUUUUUAAAUUUCAUUUUCUUUUUUCACUCUUUAUAUAUACAUUGGACAAUGACAGUUGUUUUAUCUACUACUAAUAAACGUAUUCGCUCUUCGCAAAAAACAACAAUGGCUUCUAUGCAAAAAUCUAGAUCAGAGCCAAAUUGUAAAAGUAAAACAGCUUCAAGCUUUCAUCAUUAUUCAAAUUAUCCUAAACGAAAAUCAACUGGAAAUAUGAAACAAUCUAUAAGUCAAUUAUCAUCAUCAUCUAAUUCUCGAUCAUCAACAAACAAAAUUUGGCGUCCACCCGGAUAUUGUGAGAUUCCUGAUAUUUUAGGAAAUGCUUAUCUUAAGCCAAGCCCUCCUGUCGCAUUUGACUUACGUCCAACAGAUAUUUCUAAACAAAUUUCAAAGCGUCCGUGGUAUCCCCCUAGUCCACGCUGUAAAAUUCCCGAUCUUCCGCCACUUGUGCGUACUGAAAAUAAACUUGAAACAAAACUUCGAAAGCUUUUACCAAAAGUUAUAAUUCGUUCAUCUGAUCCUAAUACUCGUUUUAUUAACUUUAAGGAAAUUGGUACAGGUGUGAAUGGUGCUGUUGUUAGAGCUGCUUAUCGUAGAAAACCUAAAGUGAUAGUAGCUAUUAAACGCUGUAAACUUGACCCUGAUCGUGAAUAUCGUGCAGCCAUUUUAAGAGAAUUAAAAAUCAUGGCAUCUGGUCAUCAUAAUUUAAUUAAAUUACGUGAAGUAGCAUUAGCUCAAGAUAACAUCUGGAUGACAAUGGAUUUGAUGCGUUGUUCAGUUUUUGCUGUUCUCUGUCAGAGAGGAGUUCCUGAAGAAUAUACUAUUUAUAUGACUUGUGAAACAUUAAAAGGUUUAGUUCAUUUACACUCACAAGGUAUAUUUCAUCGUGAUGUAAAAUGUGAAAACCUUUUAUUAGGCUGGCAUGGUGAAGUUAAAUUAGCUGAUUUUGGCUUAUCUGCACGUAUUGAUCGUCCGAAUCAUGAAAGAUUAGGAACUACUAAAUGGAUGGCACCUGAAGUCAUUAGAGAAGAAUACUACAAUGAAAAGAUUGAUAUGUGGUCUCUCGGUAUAACAGUUAUUGAAAUGAUGGAUCGUGUACCACCUCACUAUUCAAUUAAAGAUGAAGAAGAAUUAUUUGAUAUUAUUGCCACUGAGCCUAGUCCUACAUUUACAUACAGUUAUCCUAGUAUGUACAUGAGAGGCUUAGUUGCAUGGUUAUUAGAUGAAGAACCUGAAACAAGACCUACGGCUCAAGAUGCUCUUUUAGAGAUUGAAGUUCAUAUUCAAUCAAAUCUUUUACCUUGCUCAAAUGCACAAGAUAUGGUUCGAUUCUUAAAUCAAGUCUUGCCAUCUUCAAUUUAAUUAUGUUCAUUUUAUAUGUAAUCUUUCAACCUCUUAUAUGUGCAAAAAAAAAAAAGAAAGAAAAAACUUUCUUUUUAUACAGACUAAUUCAUUUCUUUAUUUUUCAACUCUCUCUUUUUUUUUUUUUCCUUCUUCUUCGUUUUAUAUAUAAACAUGUAUAUUUAUAUGUUUAUAUAUGUCCUAUAUACAUACCACCAUUACCUCCACCUUUCUAUAUAUGAAAUAAUUGUAGUUUAGACUACUCUUAUCAAUUUCAUUGAAAUUUCUUUUCAUUUUUUAUUUUUUUUUUUUUU